GUUGGCAGCUUGAGGAGAGCGAUCUGGAAUCAGAUAUUUGCACUUUUUCUGAUCUAUUUUCUUUCUUGACACCAAACUGCUGCGAGAAAUUUUCUCUUCGUUUCUCGGCUUCCAAACGCCCCUUAAUCCCCUGCAGAUGUCUUACAACUGGCAGUUAAAGCACUUCACGACACUCCUCUGACUCCGAUUUGAAGCUCUCAAUUUUCAAACAAAGGGAGACGAAAUUUAACAAGGGGAGAAAGAAGGAAACCUAGUCAGUUGGAGAAUAAAAUGGGAGAGGAAGUGAAGAUUAGUGAAUACGAGGCUAACGGUGACGGAGACGGUGAAAGUGAGAGGGUUCUAGAAUGGGAGAUGGGUUUGCCGACUGCGGAUGAUUUGACGCCGUUAUCGCAAUCGUUGAUUCCGCCCGAGCUUGCUUCGGCUUUCAGCAUCUCGCCGGAGCCGUUACGGACGGUGGUCGAUGUUAAUCGAGAGUCACAGGGUACAAUAUCGACGCUCCGUGGCGGAAGUGGAGGUGAAAAUGGGUUCAACGGUGCUGCCGGCCUGACGAACGGCUUUUCGACUAAUAAUAAUUUUAAGUCUUACGUGGAAACUCGGGACAUGGAGGUGGUGGGGGAGGCGGAGGAAGAGGACAAGGCCGGGUCAGGUUGUGGUGGAGGAGGAUCCGAUGCGAGGAAGUUGAGGAGGACAGACUCUGCCGCGGAGGAGGCGGAUUCGGCGGCGAGGACCGCGGGGGAGGAGGAUCAGGCGGCGAGGACGUUGAAACGACCGCGUUUGGUCUGGACCCCGCAGCUGCAUAAACGGUUCGUGGAUGUAGUAACUCAUCUGGGGAUUAAGAACGCGGUGCCGAAGACAAUCAUGCAGCUGAUGAACGUUGAAGGCUUGACUCGGGAGAACGUGGCGUCUCACCUGCAGAAGUAUAGGCUGUAUCUGAAGCGGAUGCAAGGCUUCUCGAGCGACGGCCAAUCCUCCACCGAUCAUCUCUUCGCUUCCACGCCGGUGCAGCCACAGAGUUUGCACGAUAGCGGUGGCGGCAUCCAUGGAAAUGGUGGGCAUAUGCCGAUGCCGAUUCAAAUGCCAUAUGGGGCGCCGAUGAUGCCGAUGCCGGUCUUCGGGCACAUGGGGAUGCAGGUGGGUAAUCAAGGAGCAAUGGGUUACCAUGACCAUUAUAAUCAAGGUGGUGGAUUUGAGCCGAAUCCGUAUAUGUUGCAACAGAAGGAUUGGUCAGGUAAUAAGUAUGGCUCGAUGGCGUCUUACCCUCAUGUCAGUGGACGCGCUAGUGAUCAGUGAGAGAGGUCUAGAAUUUUUAUUUUGAUUCCAAACGAGAGUGACUCAUAGGCUUGAGGUUCAGGUGUUCCUAAGCAAUCCCCCCACAGGCCUUUCUUCAAAGAUUUCCUAUAUUGUUCCAUCCUUGAUAUUCAGAAGCUUGAGUGCUAGGCUGGAGCCUGGAGCUUACCUUCCGGAAGUGACUUGAUCUCUUGCGGUUGAUGGAUAUGUAAGAGCUUUCAGGAUAUAUAUAUAUCUAUACAGAGAGAGAGAGAGAGAGAGAGAGAGAGAGAUGUCGGCACACCCAUCCCUAAUCUAAUUCUGAACUCUGAAUCAGGGAAGACAAACUUAUCAUAAGAGAUUUAUGAAUCCUUCUCCUUCGCAUGUUUCUCUAGUCCUAAAGACAGAAAGUCAUAAGCUACAAUUGACUUUCUAUUUGAUUGGUAACUGUUAUUAACAUUUGUAUUUUUGAAUAUGUGGAACCUUUCUUGUUUCAAAAGAAAUCAAAAGUUAAUACAAAAGGUUGACAGAAGUCAGUAACCAUUUCCAAUUUACCAAAUGAAUGAUUCUGCAAAUUGCAACAGGUUUACUGUGAACUAAAAGUUACAGAUUAUGCACUUUCGAUCAAACAAGCUGUGAAUUUUAUCAACCGGCUUUUGCUUCAUCAUCUUCUUCAGCCUUGCAGCUCAACCCAGCUGCCAGCAUCGGUGUAUAAGCUUGACAACUGCAGCUUCUUUCCUGCAUUUGUAGGUUCGAGCUCUGCCACAUGCUUCACAGUCACUUCAGCAUGAUCUACGUUCUCAGGAUUUCAACAAGCCACCAAAAAUGCUGCCCAAACAAACAAAUGAGGCUUGACUUGGCCGGGAAAAUCCACAAAAAUAUUUUUUGUAAGCCUUGACAAGUCUGGCCGAGUCUGCUCGUCCGUGAAAAUCCACUACGAACGUGUAGUGCUCCAAUCUUGGUAUUAUUUGAUACUUUUCUUGCAUUGACCAGAAGAGCCUUCUCCGAGCUCAACAAGUCUGGCAUGACUAGCUGUGAGAACUGCAGUGAAGGUCAGGCAAUCAAUCUUCUUUCCCUCCUCCAUCUGAUUGAAAAGCUCGAUGACUUCCUUGUAGAAUCCAUAGUUCACAUACCAAAAAUCACCGGAUUGCAGGUAAAAAUAUUCCUAUCAGGCAUCUUGUAGCAUAGAAGCUCAGAAAUAACACCAUAUUUAGCAUAUAUGUCAACCAGCGCACUCCUGCAUGUUUAAAACAGCAGUUAAUAUGAAAUCACUCAGAUUCAUUCCUCUUUAGUAACGAAAGCAGGGAACAUCAUAUUGGUAUCAAAGUUCUUCAUGCUUCCACAACAAUCAAGAGCAAUAGUGAAAGCAUAUUCAUUUGGUUCAACACCAUUUCUCUCAUUAGGCAGAAUAGUCUUAGAGCCUUCAGAAAGUCUCCAUGCUGGUAAAACUCAUUGAUAAUUGUUGUGCAGAUAAUUCAAACAGAGGUUCAGCACCUUCCAUCUCAUGCCCAUAAUUAUUCGGUUCCAAACCCAUGCCACGAAUCCCCAAGGACAAAUCAAAAGGCUUCGACAAAACAUCUCAUGUCCUCCACACCAGGAGAUUAAGCAAUUGUAAGAAGCAACACCUCCAUGAGCCAUUUUCUUUAACACCAAACCUGCAGCACCUAUAUCUCCACACUUGUCAUAAAUAGGCUAGUUCCCAUUACAUUACGCAACCAGAAAUUUCAUUUGGCAUGAAAUCCCCAUUUUCUCUAAUAUCUUUUUCAGGAUAGCUCAUAAAGGCAUUCAAACCGAGGUCGUUUCUUAAAACCGAAACCCGUUCAGGACUUCUAUCAAACAGUGAAUAUGCGUUUCUUAACCUCCCGGGUUUUGCCGAAGCAAGUAUGCAAUUGGCAGUUGCACGUACGACACUGGUUCUGAUCGUUGACGAUGCAGCAGUUGAAGGAACAAUAGCUAUUGUUGCUGAAACAACGCGAUUGAAUUCAUGGCCGAACUGACCCUUUUGAGUCUUUGACAAUAGAAAUACAGGCUAAGCGGCAUGGUAGCAUAGGACAUGAAAGAAGACAAUAUGGGUAUUUUGGUAUUAUGACCUAUAAUGGUCCAAGUGCAAAACCAGGGCCAGAGUUAAAAGUAAAAAGAGCCAAGUCGCCUCCAGAUGCCAAAAAGGGCAUUUGUCUAAACAAGACUCUGCGAUCCAAUGACUAACAAAAACCCAGAUAACAAAAACAAGGUUACUUGAUGAAUAUGCAUGGAUUAUUAUCCCUUUCUCUAACGCCACACAAUUUUCUCUCUACUUCUCGUCUCUCCUCGAGAUCCCUUCUUUACUUUCAAAAGCCUGCAAAUUUAUCGUUACCCAAAUGUGGAUACAGCGUCUGUCAUGGUUCUGCCCUGCUUUCCUUCGCUCCGCAAGAGCUCGCACCCUUUUAUGGAAUCCACGGAAGGAAGAGAAGAAGAAGAAGAAGUUAUAGUAACCUUGUGAGAGCGAGUCGCGGAGAGCCUCCAUAUGAGGUUCUCGGUAUUUCUCCCUCUGCUUCACCGUCCGAAAUCAAAAGGGCUUAUCGGAAACUGGCCUUAAAGUAUCACCCAGAUGUUAAUAAAGAGGCAAAUGCGCAGGAAAAAUUUAUGAGGAUUAAACACGCAUAUAAUACAUUGAUGAAGUCCGAAUCACGGAGAAAAUAUGCAUCUGGAAAUCAAACUUCGGAUUUUUCCUACUCUCAAAGAAGCCGAAGCACUAGUACUGCUGAGGAGGAAGAGUUCUACGGAUUUGGUAACUUUUUAAGGGAUGUUCAAAUAACGAUAGAGGACUUCUUUAGAGAUCUUCAAGAAGAGUUCCAAAAUUGGGAAGCAACAGCUUCUUCAAAUGGGAAGCCGAAGAGCCUAUGGGAGGAGCUAGCGGAGAUUGGCGAAGAUUUCGUAGAGUUUCUAGAGAAAGAGCUGAACAUAAAUGAUCAGGAGGGUGAAGCAAAUGAUGAGAACAGAAAUCCCUUCGAUGAUUUUUCUGCAGCAGAAAAAACAGGGAGUGGGAUUAAGAAUGAAGCGGGAAAA